AUGCUCAACAUACCCCACAUGGGCUGGACCCUUAAGCAGGGCCGUGACCGGGGUGCGACCGUUGGACACAUCGACACUUGGGGUGUCGAGAAUGAGCGCCGUGUGGCCUUCAUUGUGGUCACACGGGACUUUCUGGUUGACAGCCCUCUAAGGGACUGUACAUCUCAUCUUCCAACAGCAAUUUCACAGUUGGGAUUCUGGAGCAAGUCAGAUUUCUCAUGGUUUGGAUUUGGGAAAGUAAAAUCAAGACAAGGGAUUGGUCCAGCUUCAGUUAUCAGCAAUGAUGAUGACUCUGCUAGCCCCCUCCACCACAUCUCCAAUGGGAGUAAUACCCCAUCAUCUUCAGAGGGUGGCCCUGAUGCCGUCAUUAUUGGAAUGACCAAGAUCCCUGUCAUUGAAAAUCCCCAGUACUUUGGCAUCACCAACAGUCAACUCAAGCCAGACACAUUUGUUCAGCACAUCAAGCGACAUAACAUUGUUCUGAAAAGGGAGCUAGGCGAAGGAGCCUUUGGAAAAGUUUUCCUAGCUGAAUGCUAUAACCUCUGUCCUGAGCAGGACAAGAUCUUGGUGGCAGUGAAGACGCUGAAGGACGCUAGUGACAACGCACGCAAGGACUUCCACCGUGAGGCUGAGCUGCUGACCAACCUCCAGCACGAGCACAUUGUCAAGUUCUACGGCGUGUGUGUGGAAGGCGACCCCCUCAUCAUGGUUUUCGAGUACAUGAAGCACGGGGACCUCAACAAGUUCCUCAGGGCACAUGGACCAGAUGCCGUGUUGAUGGCUGAAGGCAACCCGCCGACGGAGCUGACGCAGUCGCAGAUGCUGCACAUCGCUCAGCAGAUCGCCGCAGGCAUGGUCUACCUGGCAUCCCAGCACUUUGUGCACCGAGACCUGGCCACCCGAAACUGCCUGGUUGGCGAGAACCUCCUGGUGAAAAUCGGGGACUUUGGCAUGUCCCGGGAUGUGUACAGCACUGACUACUAUAGGGUCGGUGGCCACACGAUGCUGCCCAUUCGCUGGAUGCCUCCAGAGAGCAUCAUGUAUAGAAAAUUCACCACAGAAAGUGACGUCUGGAGCCUGGGGGUCGUGUUGUGGGAGAUCUUCACAUAUGGCAAACAGCCCUGGUACCAGCUGUCCAACAAUGAGGUGAUAGAAUGCAUCACUCAGGGCAGAGUCUUGCAGCGACCUCGAACGUGCCCCCAGGAGGUCUAUGAGUUGAUGCUGGGGUGCUGGCAACGGGAGCCUCACAUGAGGAAGAACAUCAAGGGCAUCCACACUCUCCUUCAGAACUUGGCCAAGGCUUCUCCGGUCUACCUGGAUAUUCUAGGCUAGGGCCCUAUCCCCCACACCGAUCCUUCCCAAAGCACCUCCUCAGAUGGGCCAAGAAGAUGAACGUCUUUUAACUGCCGCUGGAUGCCAUCAACCUGCUGUUCUCUACUCUGACAGUAUUAACAACAGAGAUACUAAGAAGCUUUCAGAGGGAAGCAAUGCAUACUUCUCCAUCCAUAGACACAGUACGGACUUCUUUUUGGCAUUAUCUCUUUCUCUCUUUCCAUCUCCCUCGGUUUGUUCCCUAGUUUUUGUUUUCUUUUUUUGUCUUCCCUGCUUCACAGUCCUUACCCUUUCUUUUUUAAUCGAUUUGGCUUCUGCAUUACUAUUAACUCUGCAUAGACAAAGGCCUUAACAAACCUGAUUUGUUAUAUCAGCAGACACUCCAGUUUGCCCACCACAACUAACAAUGCCUUGUUGUAUUCCUGCCUUUGAUGUGGAUGAAAAAAAGGGAAAACAAAUAUUUGACUUAAACUUUGUCACUUCUGCUGUACAGACAUCGAGAGUUUCUAUGGAUUCACUUCUAUUUAUUUAUUAUUAUUACUGUUCUUAUUGUUUUUGGAUGGCUUAAGCCUGUGUAUGAAAAAAAAAGAAAACUUGUAUUCAAUCUGGGAAGCCUUUAUCUAUGGGAGAUUAAAACCAGAGAGAAAGAAGAUUUAUUAUAAACCGCAAUAUGGGAGGAACAAAGACAACCAUUGGGAUCAGCUGGCAUCAGUCCCUACUUAGGAAAAACCAGCGACUGUUAGCUGGGAGGAAUGUAUUUGGCUCCUUCCCUUGAGGACCUUUCUGAGGAGUAAAAAGACUGUUGCACUCUG